AUGUGUUGGAUUGGAAUGUAUGGAGGUCUAUUGCCCUAUCUCUGGAAAUAUAUCUUACUAACAAAUUAUUGUAGCUGGUCACUUAUAAUGCAUUGGGUUCUUGCAAUCACAAAUUCUUGUAACGGGUUGACCUUCGUUACAAGGUUUUCCUGUGAUGUAUUUGGAUUCUACGUUGCCUUUAUCUAUAUCCAAAAAGGGAUCCAGGUCCUUACAAGGCAGUGGAGAAUGGCUGGGGAAACUUCUGCAUACCUCUCUAUUAUGGUGUCCCUCCUCGUUCUGAUGUCUUGCUUUAUCUGCGGCGCUAUCGGGGAGAGCAAUUUCUUCAACCGCCAUACUCGGAAGUUUAUCGAGGACUAUGGCACCCCUCUAAGCAUCGUCUUUUUCACAGGUUUCGUCCAUAUUGGUCAAAUGAGGAAUGUCAAUGUUGAGACAUUGCCUAUUUCUAAAGCAUUUUUCCCUACCUCCGAUCGUGGUUGGCUUGUGCGUUUCUGGGAUAUUAGUGCUAGCGACAUCUUCCUAGCCAUCCCAUUUGCAAUCCUCUUGACAGUUCUAUUCUAUUUUGACCACAACGGUUUGUUCGAUCAUUUCUUAUUUACCGACCACCAAAUAACUAGUGGAAGUAAAUUUCUGACACUAUUUGUAGUGUCCUCAUUGAUAGCCCAGGGAACAGAGUUUCCGCUACGCAAACCUGCCGGAUUUCACUGGGAUUUAUUCUUGUUGGGGUUGACAACUGGAAUAGCCGGGCUGUUAGGUAUUCCCUUCCCUAAUGGCUUGAUUCCCCAGGCACCAUUCCAUACUGCCUCUCUUUGCGUAACACGGCAGGUUGCAGAUGAAGAUGAAAACCACAAAGGAAAGUCUGUCCGGAUUGUUGAUCAUGUUGUUGAGCAACGAGUCAGCAAUCUUGCUCAGGGGCUGCUCACACUCGGAGCAAUGAGUGGACCCCUUCUUUUUGUCCUCCACUUGAUACCCCAGGCUGUAAUGGCUGGUCUCUUUUUCAUCAUGGGAAUUCAGGCUCUCCUAGCCAACGGAGUAACGCAGAAAUUGAAAUUCCUUUUGCAGGAUAAGGAAUUGACAUCACCAUUAAACCCUUUUCUAAGAAUUGAGCGGAGAAUGACAAUUUGGGUAUUCGUUGGAAUUGAACUACUGGGAUUUGGAGCUACUUUUGCAAUCACGCAAACAAUUGCUGCGGUUGGGUUUCCAGUUUUCAUUCUGUUACUUAUCCCCAUUCGGUCAUUCUUACUUCCAAAAUGGUUCACCCAGAAAGAACUCUCCAUUCUUGAUGCGUCAACUGCCAGCUCGUUCACCAUGGAGAGUGUUGCCAGGUCGUAUGGAGAUGCUCAACCUGAAUCAGACAGAAGUCCUCACAAUGGCGAAGAGGUGCCUGUGGUAGAGGGCGGGAUUUUCGCAGGUGACUUAGAAACCGGGGAUCUACACGAGCCACAGACAAGCACUUCCAUUAAAAGAAGGAGUGAACGGAUAUAA